AUGGAGAAGUGCGUGCGUCUCACUCUCGAGAUAAUCUGGGGCGGGGAGCAGGGUGACACGAAGUUGGCCGGAGAGACAGAGAAAGAGAAAGAGAGAAAGAACAGGAUGGAGAAGUGCGUGCGUCUCACUCUCGAGAUAAUCUGGGGCGGGGAGCAGGGUGCCACGAAGUUGGCCGGAGAGACAGAGACAGAGAAAGAGGUAGACUCACUCUCGAGGCGGUCGGGCGCGGCGUGCAGG